GUAUACUUUAAGAUUGGAACCCCAUCUCGGGUCAAGAAAUCAAGCUCUGGAUUGAUAUAUAAGCUGCACCUUAUUCCACUCAACGUACCUCUAAACACUUCACGGCCUCAAAUCGACCUAUUCGGACCAGAAAACAAUCUCUGCCUUUGCAUCCGCCAGACUUCAAUAUGCAUUUCUCAAUAACCUUUCUCCUUUCGGUACUCCCUUGUAUUUUUGCACAAUACGGCAAUCCCCCUUCCUCACCAACGAAGUCUUCCGGCGCUGCUCCUUCAUCAACAGGAACCGCAACCCCUGGUGUCCAUACAGUUGAAGCAGGAAACGGCAAUCUUGCCUACUCCCCUAGCAGCAUCACUGCAGCCGUUGGCGAAACGAUCGAAUUCCACUUCUUCCCACCUCUCCACUCCGUUGCGCAAGGCGAUUUUGCGACUCCUUGCACGCCACCUGCGAAUGGAACUGGAUUCUUCAGCGGAGACAUCACGACCUCUUCUGGAGAAAACACCAACGUCUUCACUAUAAAAAUAAAUGACACGAAUCCGAUUUGGUUCUACUGUGUCAUUCCGACACAUUGCCAGGCUGGCAUGUCUGGCGUUAUCAACCCUCCUGCGGACGGUUCGAUGACACUUGCUCAGUACCAACUCGCUGCUGGCAAGGUAGCAAGCUCGGUUGCUCCUGCGAAUGUACAGGGUGGUGUGCUUGGGCCGGUGAAGGCGGCAACAACGUCGAGUUCGACUCCCAGCCCGAGCAGCAAGAGUGCUGGCGUUCCUACCGGAGGAGGCGUACAAUGGGUGAUGUUUGCUCUAACAGGAACUGUUGCGAUAGCCGUCGGAGGGUUGCUUCUCUGAGGUCGAGUAAGCUUGCUGUCCAGCUCGGUCUCAUGUUUCAAACUGAGCCGACUUUCAUAGACUGAACUCUUUGUGUAUCAAAUUGGUUCAUUUAAUACUGCGCCGGCGUAUAUCUUGAACACCGGAGAGGGCAUUAGGUAAUCAUUCGAACCUCAAAAUUGAUUGUACAGUACAUUAGAGAAAAACAUCCCAAAC